GGAAACGGGAUGCGGGUAGGAGACGGAGAGCGUCGGUUUGAAAGCAUCUCCAGCUGCGUGCGGAUGUAGCGACAUCCUACUAACCUACAUUUCAACCUGAAAGAGGCAAUGGCGGCCAACGGAAGAUUUCCCCAUUGACAUAUAGCCUAAUGAUCUACUGCGACGAAACGGAACAUAAACGUCCAAUAUGAAGAGUAUGGAGCAGGAAUUGCUGUGUCCUGUCUGCAAGGACAUUGUGAAGCAGCCCAUUGUACUUCCCUGCCUGCACAGCGUGUGUCUCAUGUGUGCCUCCGAGGUGCUGGUUCAGAGCGGGUAUCCCCAGCCCGAGCUCCCCCCGGAGCCCAACUCGCCCGCUUCUACCCCCAACAUGCGGUCCCCACGGCAGCUGCGCAGGCCCAUGCCCAAGUCUGACCGCGUGGACCGCCUGUUGCGCUCAGGUUCUGGGACAUACCCAGGCCGCAGGCGAAAGGAAGGCCCUCCACUUGUCAUGCUUUUUCAUUGCGCCCCCUGUGGACGAGAUGUGGAACUAGGUGAGAGAGGAUUGGCUGAGUGCAUGAGGAACCUUACACUGGAGAGAAUUGUGGAAAGGUACAGGCACACAGUGAGUUUGGGCAGUGUGGCUGUGAUGUGUCAGUUCUGUAAACCCCCACAGGCCCUGGAGGCCACUAAAGGCUGUGCUGACUGCAGAGCCAGCUUCUGUAAUGAGUGCUUCAAACUCUACCACCCCUGGGGCACUCCACGCGCCCAGCACGAACAUGUUCAGCCCACCCUCAACUUCAGGCCAAAGGUGUUGACAUGCCCAGAACAUGAUCAGGAGAGGCUGCAGUUUUACUGUAAGUCAUGUCAGAUGCUUCUUUGUUCACUCUGUAAACUGCGUAGAAUUCAUGCGGGUCACAAGAUUGCACCCGUCACCCAAGCCUACCAGACUCUUAAGGACAAGAUCACCAAGGAGCUGAACUACAUCCUGUCCAAUCAGGACAUGGUGAUGACUCAGAUCACACAACUGGAGAAUGCCAUCACUCAAACUGGGGUGAACAGUGUAUCAGCCAAAGAGCAGCUCUCUCACUGCGUGAGGGAGAUAAUGGCGUUACUAACCGAGCGGCAGACAAUGCUGGCCCAGGCUUUGGAAAGCUCACGGCAGAGAAGGGCAGAGGCUUUGGCCAAUCAGGUGGCUGAAAAACGGAGCUUGCUGGAACACGCCGGCUUGAUGGCUUUCACUCAAGAGCUGCUCAAAGAAAAUGACCCAUCGAGCUUUGUGCACGCAGCCAGAAUAACACACAACAGAUUGGCCCAAUCAGUUGAAUCUGUGCAGCGUUUCUCUCUUUCUGCUGAUCCUUCGUUCCGUCACUUUCAGCUUGAUGUUUCCAGAAUGCUCAAACUCCUCACAGACCUGAACUUCAUUCAGGCCCCUCUUGCUCCUGUGAUUGACACCCAGCGAACCCUUGCCUAUGACCAGCUCUUCUUGUGUUGGCGGUUGCCUCAAGACUCCACUCCUGCCUGGCAUUACUCUGUGGAAUUCCGGCGGCGGGGGGUGGUGCCAGGGGGCGGGGCAAGAGGGGGUAUUCGCGGGGGAUUGGCUGCUGCUCGUUGGGGCUGGCAGAGAUUGGAGGAGGUGACCGGGACCUGUGCGGUGAUUGACAGGCUGGAGAUGGACAGUGUGUAUGUGCUGAGGGUGAGAGGCUGCAACAAGGCUGGCUUCGGUGAUUACAGUGAGGAAGUAUAUUUACACACACCACCAGCUCCAGUCUUGAUUUCACCCUGCUAUUCACAGAGUGCAUUUCUUUGUAUUCUUUCCUUGUUUACAGUUUUCCUGAUUGCUGUAUUUAUGCCUUGUCCUCCUUUUGCAUAUUCUAUACUUCUAUUCUCCCUUUCCACCCACUCUUACGUCCCUCCAUUUGGUGCCUUAAUUCUGUGUCCCUCUUUCCCCUCUUCUUCUAUCCUCCUCAAAAUUCCUCCUGUAUUCCCUCGCUGUUGUCUUCCUCCCGCCUCCCCGACAGUGUUGAAUUUUUACCUGGACUCUCGUUGGGGUCUGCACGCGGACAGACUGGUGGUGAGUAAGGAGCAGCGGUGUGCUCGCAGUGUGCCCGGUCUCUCCCUGCUGCAGGCCGCCGAUCGGGCCCUUACUUCCUGUCACCUGACAGCGGAUCUGCUUGUGGGUGACGUGGCCAUAACGCAGGGUCGACACUAUUGGGCAUGCUCAGUGGAGCCCGGCUCAUAUCUGGUCAAGGUUGGAGUGGGCCUAGAGUCCAAACUUCAGGAGUGGUUUCAUCUGCCUGAAGAUAUGGCUAGUCCAAGAUAUGAUCCAGACAGCGGCCAUGACAGUGGAGCUGAGGAUUCGUCAGAUUCUCCUCCCCCUUUCUCUUUCCUCACAAUGGGCAUGGGCAAGAUCUACCUGCCCUCCUCUGCCAACUCCCAUCAUGCCAAUGCCAAUUACCGAGAGUCUGGUUUCACUAAUAGUAAUGGGCCUUCAUCGCCAGCUGGCGUCACCUAUCCGCUGCCUCCGAGACUAGGAGUGUGUCUGGACUUUGAGAAGGGGCGUGUCACGUUUUACGAUGCCCACUCACUCCGCCCACUAUGGGAGGGGCCUGUGGACUGCUCUGCCCCCGUGUGCCCUGCUUUCUGUUUUAUUGGAGGCGGAGCUCUACAGCUACAGGAGCUGGUUGCUAAUCGUAAUGCAAAUCAAACCCCUGUGAGACGAGUCACUAUUCAAUCACGUGUAACGAAACUGAACUGAACUCUGAUUGAUUAUCAUUUUUAUAAUUCGAUUUUAGAGAUGGAUGUUUUUAAUUGCACCCAAGAUAAAACUCUUCUUAUUUUUCUUUUGGUUUUUAGAGGCCUUUAUUGCUGCAAUGCUUGCUGAAUUACUGA